UGAUGCUUGUGGGCGGACACUGACUGUGCUGACACUCUGAUCAAAAGGAAAUUUGAUGUCAGAUCAUCUUCGUACUUUGGAAAUUUGAGGUGUGCAGCCUAAACUUCUUCAGCUGAAAAACCAUGGGAGACUGGGGUUUUCUCUCCAAGCUACUCGACAAAGUGCAAUCGCACUCCACAAACAUCGGUAAAGUUUGGUUGACGGUGCUUUUAAUCUUUCGGAUCAUGGUGCUUGGGGGAGUCGAUAAAGUCUGGGGUGAUGAGCAGUCCAACAUGGUGUGCAAUGUAAAUACGCCAGGCUGCAAGAACGUGUGCUAUGAUAAGGAGUUUCCGAUCUCUCACAGUCGCUUCUGGGUUCUCCAGAUCAUCUUCGUGACCUUACCGACGCUGGUCUACCUGGGCUAUGCCCUGCAUGUGAUCCACAAAGAGGACAAACUGAGGCAGAAGUGUGAUCAGAACAAAGGAACCAAACUCCCCAAAUACACAGAUGCCAGAGGAAAGCUUCAGUACAAAGGGAAUCUCCUGCGCAUCUAUGUUUCUUGUCUAGUAAUGACCAUUUUGUUUGAAGCAGGCUUCAUCGUGGCUCAGUACUUCAUUUAUGGCUUUGUGAUCAAAACCAAGAUUAUAUGUAACAAGGAUCCAUGUCCUCAUGCCAUUGAGUGCUUCAUAUCACGUCCAACCGAGAAGACCAUCUUCAUCUUGUUCAUGCUGGUAGUAGCGUGUGUGUCAUUGUUAUUGAAUAUAGCAGAGAUUUUUUAUCUGAUCUGUCGGGCUUCUAUGUGUAAAAAGCAACAUGAACAUAAAUAUGUUACUAAAGAGACACAUUUUUGAAAUGAAAAGGAAAUGAGUUAUAAUGCACUACUUGGAGAAUAAGUGGUGUGACUACACCAAGACAAUUAUAAUAAUAAUUACUGCACUGAAUAGGUACAGAACUGUAAAUAUGUCAUACUGUCACACUGAUCACACAAAAUAAUUUUGAUUUAUGUUCCUUUUUCUUUAUUCUUAGUGAUGGGAAUUCUGAUUCUUUUUAGUAAGUCAUUUGUCUCAGGUCACAAAUAUGAAUAGAAAAACGACUCGUAUUUGAAAUAUCUGAGUUGCAUUUAACAGGAUAUAUUUAAAUAAUUGAUUAGUCUCCUCUAAUACACCUGAGAAUGUAAAGUAUGUGAUGGGGAUUCUCUUUUUAUUCUUAUUGUUUUUUUGUUAUUAAGUGAUUCAGGGAAUCAUUUGUUUCAGGUCACCUAUAAGAAUCAACUCUUUUGACUAUAUAAAUCUAUUUAUAUAAGUGAUUAUUCUUUUCUAAUAUACUUGACUGCAUGAAGUAGGUUUUUAACAUGCAGCACUGAAAGUCAUGCACUCAGCUGAGAGUUGAAAACAUGACUAACGAACCAGCUCACAUUUUGAAAAGAGGUUUCCAUGGAUGUAUGUUUGAUUGUAUUACACUGCAUGAAUAACAUCAUUACCUACAUGUACAAAAAGAAAAGAAACGUCUCAUGCCUGUAUUAGUGGCUCCAAAAUUCACUUGAAAGAGUCAAAUGAAAGAGUUGACUCGUGACUCGUGAAUAAAUCCUAAUUUUGUUAUUACAUUCAUUUUUUACUAUUUUCUUAUCACAUUCAUGCCAACUGAUAUUUUAUUAAUCAUUUAAAAAAUCUUUUAUUUGUUUUCUUGAUUUUCUACACACCUUCUACCAAUAUCAUAGUAGACUUUCCCUUUUAUUUAAAAUGUAUUAUGUAAU